UUUUCGUAUGCCGGCUGAAUCUACAGUUCAUUCUCUUCACUCCGCGAUCGCCAGCAGAGAGGGGGAGAAGGAGACGGAGAGGGAGAAGGGAGAGGUUCAUGAGAGGCUAAUGGCGACGUUUCUCUUGAGAAGAAAUCUACUCAGGGUCACCUCCCAUAGCAAGGUUUCUUCUUACGUAUUGUUUCCAGAAUAUUGUUCAAUAAAAAGCUUUAAAUAUGCCACCGAGAGAAUUGUUGAUGUUGGCCAGCCAACUUGUAGAUCUCAUCCCGAGCUACUUAGCGAAGGAGAGAUUACGCCCGGCAUCCCUGUAGAUGAGUACAUCUCAAGGCGGAAAAAGCUUAUAGAGUUACUCCCAGAGAGAAGCUUAGCUAUCAUCGCAUCCACUCCUGUCAAAAUGAUGACUGAUAUCGUGCCGUACUCGUUCCGACAGGACGCAGAUUACCUCUACAUCACCGGUUGCUUACAACCUGGAGGUGUAGCAGUUAUAACCGGCGAGCAUGGACUGUGCUUGUUUGUGCCAGAUCCUGAUCCACAUAAUGAGGCUUGGCAAGGUCCAGUAGCUGGAGUUGAUGCAGCUUUGAGUUACUUUAAGGCAGACGAGUCGUAUCCUAUGAGUAAAUUGCCUCAGGUCCUUUCAGAAAUGAUUGAUAAAGCAUCUAAAGUAUUUCACAAUACAAAGACAGUCUCAACAUCUUAUACUGAUUUGGAAUCCUUUCAGAGGGCAUUUACUAAUGGUGCAGUAAAAGAUCUCUCGCGCUAUACUCAUGAACUUAGGUGGAUUAAAUCUCCAUCUGAAUUGAAAUUAAUGAGACAGUCUGCCUCAAUUGCAUGUCAGUCUCUAUUACAAACCAUGUUAUUCUCAAGAUCGAACCCUGAGGAGAGCCAUCUAUCUGCCAAGAUAGAGUAUGAAUGCAGAAUGAGAGGUGCUCAGAGGAUGGCUUUUUCAUUCAUGUUUGAGAGCGAACAGAUCCAACAUGGUGAUCUAGUACUAAUGGAUGUGGGAUGUGAGUUUCAUGGUUAUCUUAGCGACUUAACACGCACUUGGCCGCCAUGUGGCGACUUCUCCUUUCAGGAAGAACUAUAUGAGCUCGUGCUUGAGACUAACAAGGAAUGUAUCAAGCUUUGUGAACCAGGUGCGAGCAUUGAAGAGAUACAUAAUUAUUCAGAUCAAAUGCUGAGGAGAGGCUGCAAGAAGAUUGGAAUCCUUAAGGAUGAGAGAAGCUAUGCAUAUUAUAAGUUAAAUCCAACUUCAAUAGGUCAUUAUUUAGGAAUGGACAUCCAUGAUUGUGCUUCUAUAAGCAACAAUCGGCCCCUGCAACCAGGUGUUGUUAUAACAAUUGAGCCAGGACUUUACAUCCCCGUCUCCUUCAAUGCGCCAGAGAGAUUUCGAGGCGUCGGCAUUAGAAUUGAGGAUGAAGUUCUGAUUUCUGAAACUGGUUGUGAGGUGCUGACUGCAUCAAUGCCAAAAGAGAUUUCACAUAUCAAAUCUUUGCUGAAUUUUGAUAGUAUUACUUCAGAUAUACCAUGCUUGAGAGCAGCUCUCACUUGAGGUUAGAUUGUAUAUUUGGACAAGUAUAUUUUUUGCGCUGCUUGAUUAGUGUAAGUUGGCACUGUACUGAUUCUUAUGAUUUAAAUUACAUAAUACUGAUAAAGGUGUAAAUAUAUUACAAAAAUAAAGGGAUAAUUACAUAUAAA